UUGCAGUCUGGCAACUCUACACAGCUAACUAAAAACGUGUGGGUUUUGCAUUUGUGUUUUAUACCAUUAAUAGACAGUUAAAAUUGGGAAACUCGAAGCAAGCAACUCGAAACAGACAUCAAAAUGUCCACGACACACAAGCAGCGUUAUAAAAAUGCCUCUCUAGACUCUACUGAGAUGCGACGCAGACGCGAAGAGGUCGGCAUACAACUCCGUAAAAUCAAACGGGAACAACAGCUCUCAAAGCGACGAAAUGUUGUCUUGGAGCCAACUCCAUCGAGUACCUCGGGCGACGGUGUGGAAGGCAGCAGCAGCGACCAACAGCUCCAAUCCAACGAUAUGCACAUGGCAGACAGCAGCGGGCAAUGCCCUAACAUGGGUAGCAUGGCAGCACGUGGAGUUUCACAGCAACAGGAGGUACAAUCAACAAUAUCCGAAUCGAUGAUACAAAUGCUAUACAGCGACGUAGAGAGCGAUCAGCUGGAAGCGACACAAAAGUUUCGCAAGCUGCUCUCCCGUGAUCCCAAUCCACCCAUUGAGGAGGUUAUUGAAAAGGGCAUUGUACCGCGAUUUGUUACUUUCUUGCGCCUAAGCACGAAUGCCACGUUGCAAUUUGAAGCCGCCUGGACGCUUACAAACAUUGCCUCAGGCACCUCACAGCAGACAAAGAUCGUUAUUGAGGCUGACGCCGUGCCCAUUUUUAUUGAGCUCUUGUCCAGCCCUCACGAUGAUGUGCAGGAGCAAGCUGUCUGGGCGUUAGGCAACAUCGCUGGCGAUUCACCCACAUGCCGUGAUCAUCUGCUUAGUUCAGGCAUUCUUUUACCACUAUUACAUGUGCUGACUACUUCGGACCGAAUAUCAAUGAUACGCAAUGCGGUGUGGACGCUUUCAAAUCUGUGUCGUGGCAAGAAUCCGCCUGCUGAUUUUUCUAAAAUUAAGCACGGUCUGCCUAUAUUGGCGCGACUGCUGAAGUACACUGACGGCGAUGUGUUGAGCGAUACUUGCUGGGCCAUAAGCUAUCUAUCAGAUGGACCCAAUGAUAAAAUACAGGCUGUAAUUGAUGCUGGCGUGUGUAGACGUCUUGUCGAGCUGCUUUUGCAUCCACAACAAAAUGUCAGCACGGCAGCUUUACGAGCUGUGGGUAAUAUUGUUACCGGCGAUGAUCAGCAGACCCAAGUGAUAUUGAGCUAUAAUGCCUUGCCGUGCAUUAGUCAUUUAUUAAACUCUCCGGUGGAAACAAUUAAAAAGGAAUCUUGUUGGACCAUUUCAAAUAUUGCGGCCGGCAAUCGCGAACAGAUACAGGCUAUUAUCAAUGCUAAUAUAUUCCCCCAGCUGAAGAGCAUCAUGCAUACGGCAGACUUUAAGACACGCAAGGAGGCUGCCUGGGCCAUAACAAAUGCCACCAGCAGUGGCACCUCGGAACAGAUACAUUAUCUUGUGCAAAUUGGCUGUGUGUCGCCCAUGUGUGAAUUCCUCACAGUCGUCGACUCGGACGUCGUUCAAGUAGCACUCAAUGCGCUUGAAAAUAUUCUCAAAGCGGGUGAAAAGUUUCCGGUGCGACCUAAUCCUUACGCUAUGACCAUUGAAGAAUGUGGAGGGUUGGACAAAAUAGAAUAUCUGCAGGCGCACGAGAACCGCGACAUAUAUCAGAAAUCAUUUAACAUUCUGGAACAAUACUUUGGCAAUGAGGAGGAGGAUACGCGUGUGGCGCCAGUGGAGGGAAAUCAACAAUAUGAGUUCAAUGCACACAAUAUGCCUGAUGGGGGCUUUAAUUUCUAGCAUGACAUUCAGAUUGAGAUUAGAAAGGAAGCUAUAGCUAUAGAUAGAAAGAUCCUAUGCACGGGUGAUGAUAGACGAAGCAGCCGCAGUAAUGAUGAUAAGUUGGAUUAUGGUCGUCAGUGUGCAGUCAUUAGCAUUUAAGUCAAGUCGAGCCCGACAUUUGUUUCAUGUUCUUGUUUUCCUUUGUUAUGCAUACUCUUAUUAACAUUAACAUUAAUAUUAUUUGCGAAUGCAACUGCUGUAUUGUAAA